AAAAACAUAGAAAAUUUAUCCUGCACAUGAUCUCAUUCUCUAUUUAGUAGGGGUAUAUUUGUAAAUUCAAAGCCCUGCUUCAUGAACGCAUUGAGUCUCAGUGCCAGCUGGUGGUCCCGGUGGUGCUCCUCCCCUUGUAUCCACCGUGUACCCAAACGUAGCUCUGGUUCAAGAUCUUCCGGUCUGAAUAACGACACGUGAGUAGCCCCUACGAGAUCUUAUCUAACUGCCCCACAGGGAAGCGCAGGGCCCACUAACCCGUCGUCCAAUCACCCUCGCUGAUCCGAAAGCUCGGCUGGGAAGUUCGACUUGGGUUUUGGUGGGUCUUUCUGCUCGCGCCGUCGCUUCUCCACAAAUAAAAUGAUUAAAUAACCCGUCGUCCUUCCUUGCUGCUUUUUUUCUAAUCUCAAGUUUGCUUUGAGGAGUGAGGGGGGAGAGAGAGAGAAGGAAGUGUACGGACAUGGUGAUGGAAGUAGUAGGAGGAGGAGAAACAGCAGCGUACAGCCCGCGCACUGUGGAGGAGGUUUUCACCGACUUCAAGGGCCGUCGUGCUGCCUUGAUCAAAGCUCUCACCACUGAUGUUGAGGAUUUUUACCAGCAUUGCGAUCCUGACAAGGAGAAUCUUUGUUUGUAUGGAUUCCCGAAUGAAGAAUGGGAAGUUAAUCUACCUGCUGAAGAAGUUCCUCCCGAGCUCCCGGAACCUGCUUUGGGCAUCAACUUUGCCAGAGAUGGAAUGCAAGAAAGAGACUGGUUGUCCCUGGUAGCUGUGCACAGUGAUGCAUGGUUGCUUUCAGUGGCCUUAUACUUUGGUGCCAUAUUCGGUUUUGACAAGACUGAAAGGGAACGUCUCUUCAAUAUGAUGAAUGAUCUGCCAUCUAUCUUCGAGGUUACGGCAGUCAUCGCAAAGAGACAGUCAAAGGAGAAGUCAUCAGUUUCAAAUAAUAGCAUCCAUAGGCCUAAGUCAAGCUCUAAAGGGAGAGGCUCUGAAUCGGUCAAAUAUGCAAAAGUGACGCCAAAGAAUGAGGACGAGGGCCUGGAUGAGGAAGAUGAUGAUGAUGAGCACGGCAAGACUGUCUGUGGUGCAUGCGGGGGGAGCUAUGCUGCUGAUGAAUUUUGGAUUUGCUGCGACAUAUGUGAGAAGUGGUUCCAUGGAAAAUGCGUGAAGAUCACUCCUGCCAGAGCCGAGCACAUCAAGCACUACAAGUGCCCGUCAUGCAGCAACAAGAGAGUCCGGCCUUGAAAUUACAAGAUGGGGUUUGUCCGUCCGCCCCUCUUGUAAUUAGGUCGUGUUGGAUAGAGCUAAGCUAACUAUUUAGUAAAAGUUUACGGCGAAUGAGCCAUGGUGGCAUAACCCUUCUACUUAGUACUUUGUUCUUCGGGACCUUGUUACUCGGAUGAUGAUAAUGUAUCGUGAUUGGUAGGAUCUAUAAAGCGCAAUGCUAUGACUGUUUUAUGCA